AUGAUAGACUGCAUUCUGCGCUCUCAAGAACGUUGCUUGACUGGGGCUUCUGGAAAUCAUAGGAACUCUGCUCAGGCACAAGACUUUUUCUCCGAACAGCGGGUGUAUGAUUAUAUCAAAGCAUAUUUCGACCAGAUUGUUCGCCCUCGAUCUCGCAUCGUGCUUAAAUCCACCUUUUGCCUGGAAGAUACCUCUACGCCCCUUUUGCUGUCCUUGUUUUUGAUGGGCGCAGCAUGUGAUGAGAGCGAAGAGGUGAAAUCACAAGUCGUUGAAUAUGCCGAGCUUGCCGAGUACGUCGUGUUCGAAAACUCCGCGUUCCGCAGGAUAACUUAUCAGCGAGAGGAGGUCCACUGGAGUUUAUUUACCAAAGAGGAGAUUGAGAUAAUCCAAGCGGCAAUUCUGAUGGCCUUAUUGGAAAUAGCCAGUCCCAAGCCGGAAGCUCGACGUCGGACUCGAAUUCAAUGGUAUCCAGCACUCGUAUCUGCCGCUCGUGCAUCAGGCCUCACAAGAGUUCGAAAUGAGUGGCAUCAGAACAGCGAUAUCGUAGACCACGAUCAAUUUUUGAAGAAUGAGACAUGUAUUAGAAUGAUGUCGUCUAUUGCUAUGAUGGAUUGCCACUUCAUCAUGUUCUUCAACAACCCCCCAAAUUUCACAGCUACCGAGUUGAAGUUUGAUCUCCCAGCAGAAGAAGAGGGAGUAGAUAUCCCAGAAGGUCCAACAUGGAAGAUUUGGAAACAGAACGAGGCGAAACGCCAGCGCCCCCCACCGCUGAAUCAAUUUGUUCAGAAAUUGCUUUCAAAUGACUGGCAUGGCUAUGACGAUGGGAAUUUCGGAAAUCUAAGCAUAUUCUCUCUAUACGUUGUGAUUUCAGGUGAGGGUCAUGAUCACCAGACACCCCCAUUCCCAAAGGCCCGGAAACUAACACAUUGA